UUCCACAUAUUGAUAUUUGGGUAUUUACUCCUUAAGAGAGGCCUGAAAAAUGCUUUGAAUCUGGUCAUCAACAACGUAGGCCAUCUUUGGGUGUCCAACUCUUUGAGCAAUAGCUCUGACCCAUGGGCAACAGGGGCGGCUUCAGGACUCGCAAACUCAUCCAUCUUCUAGAUAGAUAGCUUCAGGCUCGUAAUUCCCUGCCUUAGAUCUUGAACUGCUUGCAUAUUCCGAGACUCGAUAAACUCCAACAUUCCAGACAGUGUCGCAGAAUAUUACCCCUCUAUUUGGUGGGCCCAAUUUGAGUCAAUGAUGACACUGGGACUUUCCCUGGUCACUGUGGGAUUCGUUGUCAGGUUCAUUGGAGUCGCUGCUGAAGUUGCGCUUCAUGACGAUAGCAAGGGAUGUACUUUUGACACUUUCAUGGCCAUAUCUGGCUUCGUGACAUCCUCCCACAAUCGAUCCUCUGUUUCAAUGUCGACAGUGAGCAGCACGGAAACAACUUCUCGGAUGAUGUCGAACCGGAAUAAGACCCUUGACUCUCUCGCUAAAGUUAGUGGGGAGACGGCAAAAGGUCCCGUGGAAUGCGGCAGUUGUAUCGCGUCACCAAAGACAUCUCCUCCCUUCACAGCACCACCUCGCACAGUUGCACAUAGGGCGACUGGAUCCUCUCUCUCAGCUGCUCGCCGACUAAUGGCGCCGUUACAGAUCUAAGACCGUUGAGUUAAAUUGGGAAUAUUGCAGAUCUCUGAGAUGUUGGCCCGAUGAUACCAGUGGCUGCUUGCCUGUUGGAAGCGAGCUUGUCAGCGGCUUUUCCGAGGGAUCAGGUCAGGCGACCACGAUGGAAGCUCGCGCAAACACAGUCCUAUAGCUUCCGGAAAAUGAUCGACUCACUUGACUGGCAAACGUAUGAGUUGUUGAGCCGCCAAAUAACCUCAAGGCCGACAUGGGCCCAGAUCAUCGCGAAAUCGGAUGCCAUGUUCCUCAGCUUUCGUAUACUGGACCCAUCGUCUCGGUGCGCGCGGCGAUAUUCAUCUGCCAAGCGUUGUGCCAGAAGCCGAGUUGUCACCUUGACUCUCACAUCUCACACAAGCUUUCGCACUUU